UAAAUAGGUUUUUUGAAAAGAUCUGUAUAAGAUUAAUUGCCGGUGAAGUGAGCAAAAUUUCGAACUAAAAUAUGUAGUUUAUGCUUCAUAAAUAAAUACAAAAAAGAAGAAAAUAAAAGAAGAAAAAUAUUACUGAAAGGUAAAUUCAUCUAAAAAUUCAUCAUUAAAAUAAUGAUGUUUUUUGCAUUGUUGUUAGCUUUCACUAGCUGGGAUUUUACAGCAGCGACAGGUAACUGCUCCGUAAAAUUUGAACAAUGUCCCCAAACGAUGAAAGUGAAUUGGUGGAAUAUUCCACCAUAUGCCUACAAGAAGAAACCCGUUGACAUCAAAGUUACUGGCAUUUUUAAAACGAUUGUUGAGAAACUUGUGAGGGACUGCUGUGGCUCGUGUGUUGAAUUUGAUUACAACACAGAAGCAGCAAGUAAUUCAGAAAUCCUGAAAUCUCAAAUUGGUGAAAAUCAAUCAGUUCUGGCUUUCCCAAUCUAUGGUUCUAUGACAAAUGUGAAGUUUCAAAACCAGCCAUACUUCCCAGUGGUUGAGUCACCAGGCGUCAUUUAUAUUCAAGGCACAGCCGACUCAAGUAAUGCUGCCACUGCGGUCAUGGAAGCUGUGUUACAGGGCUGGCCUGUUCUUGUUCUCACUUUGAUUAUGGCUGCCUUGUCUGGUAUUGUCAUGUGGGCACUGGACUCCUACUGGAACCCAGAUCAAUUUCCUAGCUCAUUCUUUCAUGGAGCUUGGGAAGGAUUUUGGUGGGCUUUUGUUUCCAUGACAACUGUUGGUUAUGGAGAUCGUGCUCCGAAAUCUUUCAUUGCAAGAAUUUUCGCAUUCUUCUGGGUUUUGGUUGGGUUGGUAAUUAUCUCCAUUUUUACUGCUACUGUGACUACGUCACUCACUGCUUUAUCGCUCAGCAAUGACAUUACGUUGUACGGUAGCACAAUUGUUGCAUUGGAAAACACAGAGGAACAAAGAUACGGUGUCCGGAAUAAUGCCCAAGUUAAAGUAAGAAAAACUGUCAAAGAUUUUGCAGACGCUAUUAUCAAUGACGCGGAAAUUACUGGUGGAUUGAUUGAUAGUUACGUAGCUGGUUACGAAAAAGAGCAGUUGUCUGAAGACAAAGGUUUGAGAGUGGGUACAGUUUUCGACCAUCAAUUUGCUUAUGGCUUUGUGAUUAGCAACAAGUUAGCAGAAAAUGCUGAUAUUGAGAGAUGUUUAAGAAGACAAUUGAGCACACUUGAAAGUUGGAUCACAGAUCAAAUUCAAAGUCAAAUGACAGCAUUACCAGAACCAGAAAAGAGUGCCGCUGAAGAAAAAUCUUCCAACUUAUUUGAUCCAAAGAGUGAAGUGUUUCAGAAUGCCGUCUUUACAUGUUUGGGUUUGAUUGGCUUUCUUACUGUCUGUGGCAUUUUAUGGGAAUAUGUCUACUGGCGACCAAAACAAAAAAGAGAACAGCCAGAGAAAGCUGACCCAGGCCGUGUUGUUACACCCCAUACGUCUUUUGAAGAGCUUGUGGCAGCACAAUGUCAAGAGCUAGAAGAUGCUAUGAUCACAGAAGUCAUGGCCUUCUACAAAGCUUUUAACCGCAAGCUAGAAGACAUCCGUAAAAGACAUUUACGCGAUGAUAAAUUGGGUAUUGAUAAAAAGGACCCAGAAAUUCUAGAUUUAAGAGAUCCGGAAACAAUGAAGAUGUAAAACGCACUUUGUUUACAAUUUUUUUUCCUAAAAGACAUUUUAUCUAGACGAGAUGUACAAUUCUAUGUACGUGGACCGUAGGGAUGAGGAUCUAUUUCCAUUCCUAAACCAACAGAUCUGAACCAUUGCGUUUUUUUCUUUUCACCUCAUGAUUUUGUUAAUGUUUUUUUCUUUUUAUUUAAGAAUGCAUAUUUCUGAAUUGUGUUAUUAACGAUGUAAAUAGGUGGCACGAUUUGUUGUACGAACAUUUCAUGUUGCAUGUCCAUAUUAUAUAAUAUUUAAUUCACGAGAGGUUAUUAUGAUGCAAUUAGCUGCAAUUUUGUACAUGAAAAAAAAUUAUUAAAAAAAUGCACUUCCACUGA